GAAGACGUAUAUCUCCAAUCGAACGUCUCAAAUUCUUGACCUAGUGGGAUCAGCCACUUGGCGACACGUAGCCAGUGCUGACAAUCCUGCUGAUCUAGGUACAAGAGGGUGCAAACCUCUGCACCUUGCCACCACCACCCUCUGGUGGAAUGGCCCCCGAUGGUUAACAGAAUCUCCCGAUUCUUGGCCACAAUCGCCCAUGCGCAACAUUAUUGCCCCAGAAAGUCGAAAAAUCGACUCCUUUCACACAACAUUGGAUGAUACUGUCAUCCUUGAGAGAUUUUCAUCUUACCCCCGAGCCCUCAGGGUAAUCGCUUACAUGUUCAAAUUCAUCGAGCGACUCAAACUUAGAAUUAAGGGAAUACGCACCGUAUAUCCCCAAGGCGAUACAGUGACGCACCUAGACUUACAAAAAGCAAAGGUCGCUCUUAUCGCAUCUACUCAAGCGCGCUACUUCAGCCAAGAGAUAUCGUAACUAGGAGAAUCGAAGCCAAUUGACAAAAAGAGCUCACUCUUAGUACUAAACCCAUUCAUAGAUACGAAGGGUCUACUUCGUGCAAAUGGUCGGCUUGCCAAUUCAAGCCUAACGUAUAACGAACGUCAUCCCAUUGUUAUACCAGAGAGAUCGCAACUUGCCACAUUAUAUCUCAAUUAUGUCCACGUACUAUUAUUACACGCAGAACACCGCCUCAUGCAACAAAUAGUCCGCCAAGAGUUUUAUAUCCCAAGACUCAAGCCAAAGAUAAAGAAAUGCAUUUUUUCGUGCAAGAUCUGCACUAUGCAAAAACAAAAGAUGCGAACACAGAUUAUGGCAGCACUUCCACCGGAACGCUGCAACUUUGCUCUGCCCUUCACUAUCACAGGUGUCGAUUUUGCUGGACCUUUUCAAAUAAAGGCGUCCAUGCUAAGGUCUCCCACACUGAUGAAAGGCUACGUGGCUGUAUUUGUCUGUUUUACGACAAAAGCAGUACACCUCGAGCUAUGUAGUAAUCUGACAAAAGAGGCUUUCCUCGCGGCAUUUGCUCGCUUCGUCGGACGACGUGGUUUUCCGUCAAAGCUCAUGAGCGACAACGGCAAGACAUUUAUAGGAGCUCAAAGAGCCACUGAAAAACAGUUCGUGGACUUUAUCAACCAAGUUUCCCCUGAAAUUGUACAAAAGUACGCUCCCCAAGGCAUUAACUGGCAGUUCAUCCCUCCAAGCGCUCCUCAUAUGGGUGGUUUAUGGGAAUCAGCGGUAAAAAGCUUUAAAUCCCACUUUAAAAAAGUAGCUGGAAACUACAAAUUUAACUUCGAAGAAUUCACAACAUUAUUAAUUCGUAUUGAAGCCGUUCUCAAUUCACGGCCAUUGACGACACUCUCGCAAGAUCCCUCAGAUCUAACAGCUCUUACACCAGGGCACUUUCUCAAAGGAGCACCCAUUCUGGCCAUACCUGAGCCAGGCGUGGAGUCGCUAUCCUUACUAAACAGAUGGGAAAGAAUUAAAAUUCUCCAUCAUAAUUUCAGCCGCCGAUGGAAGGAGGAGUAUAUAAAGGACCUUCACAAAAGGUACCGCUGGAAAACUCCCGAAAAGGCGCCAAAGCUUGGAGACUUUGUCCUAAUACACGAUGAUUGUCUCCCCCUACAGAAUGGCGGCUUGGUCGCAUAGAGAAGCUUCAUCACGGCUCCGAUGGUCAUAUCCGAGUAGUUGACCUCCGUACGCAAAACGGAACGCUGACCAGACCGCUCGUUAAACUGAGCUUCCUACCAACCGCAGAUAAUAGCGAAAAUGCGCGUAAUGAACAAUCCGUACAAUCCGUACAAUAAUACCGACACGCAGAAAACGAAACAUCCGUUAAUAACUAAAACCGAAAUCAAUCGCGCAUAUGAUAAAUCAAAAAGAUAUUGAAAAAUAAUGGGUAGAUUAGUAAACUC